GAAGCAGAGCGAAACAAGAGGAGAGAACAGAACAGAGAGAGUACAUUGGCAGAUGGAUUUGACAUCCCAGCUCACCAGUGGGUAGAGAAUGAGGAAGUGCUUAGAGCGUUGGGAGAAGACUCACUCGGUAUCCCGCACUUUCCUGAUCACUUCCAGCCUAUGACUGACAAUACAGGUCUGAGAUCUCAGCCUGAGAGUUCCUUCUCUAGAAGGGAUCCUGAAUUCUGGAGUAAUAUAUACUCUACAGAAAACGUGAAGAGGACGGCAUCCAACGAGAAGAAAAAUAUCAACAAUGACGAUUCAGCCCAACUGAAUGUACCCACUCCUUCCUCUGAGAGCACCCAGUUGCCAUGUGAGUUCUGUGAAGAGUUGUUCCCUCUGGAGGACCUUAUCUUACAUCAGUCUGGAUGCAGACUUUCUGCCACAUCCUCCAAUAGAAGCCUUUCACCCAGUCCUAGAGAAAAUGUCAGAUCAUCUUCCCCACCUGUCCACGGUUCACAAAUGGUCCUCCUGCCCUGUGAAUUCUGUGGUGUACUGCUGGAGGGAGAAAUCCUCUUCCAUCACCAGGAUCAGUGUGAGAAGUGUCCAGACUCUGGAAAAAGCUCUCCAUUUAUACCAGCACUACUUCCCGAUGAUGUAACAUGUGAAGAACAGCAAUACAGAACUUUUGAAACUCCAGCUAUUCAGUCCCGUCACAGUCUCACAACAGUUGAUGCCGGUGUGGACACUAACCGAUACCUAAUAAGGGAGAAUGCAGCCAGACCGCCACGUCCUGCGAGACCAAUUUCUCAUUUACACGAAAUGCAG